CGAUCUGGGCAGAAGCGUUCCGCGAGGGCGGGUGCCGGGAACCACGAGGGGCGGGGUCGCGUUUGCGGUGCCGGUGGCAGCAGAAGGAGUUGAAGCCCAAGUAGCCGGAUUGGUGCAUGUUUCAUUCCAGCUGUAGCACAUUUCAACAGUCCGGCUUGCAGUAGGACAGCAGGAUCCCAGUGGAGAUUGAGACCAUGGCCAAUAGCGAGCGCACCUUCAUUGCCAUCAAGCCUGAUGGAGUCCAGCGGGGCCUUGUGGGAGAGAUCAUCAAGCGUUUUGAGCAGAAGGGAUUCCGCCUUGUUGCCAUGAAAUUCAUGCAGGCUUCUGAAGACCUUCUCAAGGAGCACUAUAUUGACCUGAAGGACCGUCCAUUCUUUGCUGGCCUGGUGAAAUACAUGCACUCAGGGCCAGUGGUUGCCAUGGUCUGGGAGGGGCUGAAUGUUGUGAAGACAGGUCGAGUGAUGCUUGGGGAGACCAACCCUGCGGACUCCAAGCCUGGGACCAUCCGUGGGGACUUCUGCAUCCAAGUUGGCAGGAACAUUAUCCAUGGCAGUGAUUCUGUGGAGAGUGCAGAGAAGGAGAUUGGCUUGUGGUUUCACCCUGAGGAACUGGUGAAUUACAAGAGCUGUGCUCAGAACUGGAUCUAUGAGUGACAUGGAAGCAGACUACAGUGCUUGUCCCACCCCAGUUCCCCUCCCUCUCAUGGGCGGGGGCCAGGUCAUAGCAAAUCUAGUUAUUUCUGAGAACUUGCUUUUCAUCUGGAGGGAAACUCUUGGAGCUGUGGAUGCUCCCUGUACAGUGUUAUGUGCUAUCUAUCAUCAGAUUAAAAUGUUUCAUCUCAA